AUGGACGAAAAUUCUGAUAAUUCAGAUGAAAAAAUGCAUGACCCAAUUUUAAAUACUGAUUUAUCUGAUAAUGUACCAGAAGAGAAUAUCAAUACGCUAAAUUUAGUAAAUAAAGAAAGUGUGAUUGAGAAUGCGCAUUCAACAAGUGAAGCCAGUGAAAUAGAUCCUGUAAAUAAAGACAAAAAUUCUGAGGUAGAUUCCGACUCCAGUGAUGUAGAAGAUAGAAAUAAAGUUAAUUUUCAAGAAUAUCUUAAAAAAAAAGCUGCUACAAGACUGAGAAUUUUAGUUGACACUGAUUCUGAGGAUGAUGAGCCUAAAAAAUUAAAUUCAGUGACAAUUAGUUCGAGUACUCAAGCAAGCCCAGUAAAAUCAAAGUCUAAAUCUCGUUUGAGAAUUAACAGUGACUCAAGCGAUGAUUCUCCAAGAAAAAAUCAAAUUAAUGAUGAUAAAAGUGACUCUGAUGAAGAUUUAAUAGCUAAAAAUAGAUCCAAGCGAUUGAAUGAAUUAGUAGAUUCAGAUUCUGAAGAAGAAAUUGUCAGCAAGUCAGUUGGACCUCGGAUUCUAGCUGACAGCGAUGAUGAAAAAGAAGAAACUGGCAAAGGGAAGAAAACUAAGAAGGAGAAGAAGAGAACCGGGUCUAAAAGGUCUGCUAAAGAUGAAGCUAUGAGGCAAAUUCACAGCGAGACUCAGAGGCUGCUUCGGGAGGCGCCUGUUUCUUUGCCUUACCAUCGGCCACGUCAGCGAACUCUUGAGGAGUUUCUUAAUAGAAAGAAAAUAGCUCCGGUGCUGCCUCAGGCGACUUCGACUUUUGCUAGGAUGAAGAUGUCCGCGGAGAUUGUGAGCAGAGCCUUGGAAGAGAAGGAACGAGAGGCUGAGCUGUUUUAUAAGUCAGAAUCUGAUGAAGAUUCUGGAGGUGAGAGGGAAGAUGCUGGCCAUGUUGAAGAUAAUGGUGAUGGUGUAUCAGAUAGCCAUUUGGGUGGAGAAAAAUCGGAUGGAAUUGAUCAAGAUGCAGUUAAACAUGUUACUAGACAAUUAUUUAAUGAUGAUUCCAGUGAAUCUUUGGGGGUAAAAUCACAAUCGAUCAGCGAUGGUGUAAUUUCUUUAAGCUCUGGUAGCGAGGAUAAAUUACUUAAAGAGUCUAGCUGUGAAAAUAAUUUAGAAAGUAUUCUGGAUGAAAAGCUUGAUAGUCAAGAAAGUGUAAUUUUGUCGAAAGAAAGUAAUGAAUUUUCUAGUCUUGAAUUAAAUGACUCACCUGUUUUGGAUGCUGUGAAAAUAAUUAGCACUAGCACGGAAAGCGAGGAAGAUACUAUUGUUUUGUCGAGUGAAAAUGAUAAAACAGAAACAGAGGGUAAUAAAUGCGAUGGUAAUUUUGAAUUGGAGGAUUUAAACUCGCAAUCCGAUAAAAGUGACAGUAAAGAGCUUGACAAAUGUGGAGCUUUGAACGGGGACAUAAAUGACAGAUUAAAUGCCGUUAAAUCAACGGAAAAUAUUUCAAGCUCGAGUUCUAUUAGCAAGACAUCAAUAAUUGACGAAGUUGAUUUAUUUUGUAACGGGUCAGAGCAUGUUUUAGAUGAAGUAAAAGAAGUUGAAAAAAAUGUCCCUGCUCCUGUGGUGGAUAAAAAGAAAACGCUGAUGAAUUUUCCAGAGCUGAAGCCUAAAAUUCGCGGCGCUCCAGGAAUGAUGAUAGACUUUACUAAAGAAAUGAAGCCUAAUAAAGAAGCGAUUGAUAAUUUGUUAGACCGGUUUCUGUCCAAGCACGCUGGAAGUAAGCCGAGUAAUGUCAAUACUGAAGUCACUGUUCUGCAGACUGAAGCCACGGCCACUGGGUUGAAAGUUACUAAGGAUGUCUUGGCGUAUAAGAAUGUCGCGAGUAAUGCCAAUGAUCCUGAGUUGAACAAGCCGGGAGCUAAGCUGGUGAGACUUAAGGAAGACUUGAAGAAGCAGAUGGCGGAUAAGAGACAUGAGGAGUGGGUAAGAAAGGAGCAGGAUGUGGUGGCUGAUGAUGAGGAGGAUGAGGAGGAGGAAGAGGGAGAAGAGAAGAAUAAGGGUGAGAAGGAAGUAGAGGAAGAAAUUAUGGAUAUUGAUGAGGAAGAAGAAGAGCUGGAGGAAGAUGAUGUUCCGAUGAAGGAUAAAAGAAUUAGUUGCGCUUUUGGUGAUGAUGAAGCUGAGGUCAGUGAGGAGGAACAAAUUCAUCUUAGUGAUGAUGAGGAUGAAGAUGAAGGUGAAGAGGAGGAUGAUGAUGAGGAGGAGGAAGAGAAGGAGGAGGAAAGUACUCAAUGUCGCAAAAGAUUCAGCAGAAUUGUCGCGCUGGAUGAAGACUCUAAUUCUGAUGAUGAAGAUUCUAAACCAAAAAAAGUUUUUGAACGGACUAGGACUGAUGUUGAUAUCUUUGAAGAUUCUGAUGAUCUGAAAAUCCCAGCAGGACAACGACAAUCUAGUCCCAGUCCGGAGACAGUUCAAUUACGUGAAACUUUGUCCAGUGUUGUAGGAAGCAAAUCAACUCAAGGAAUUCCCGAGUCUCCGGUUCGAUCGCUGCCGAGUCAGCUGAACAACUGGGAUAUCGAGUGCACGCCGAGCAUAACUGAAUCGCCCGGGAAAUUAUUCGAGGUGCAGAGCAAGCCCGUCACUGAUGAAGAAUUGAUGAAUUUAUGCUCGGGAAAAUUCACCGAUGGGAAUAACACCCAGGCCAGUAAUCCGCGAUUGAGUGGUUUAAUUGAUCAUUCAGCGAAUGAAAAACCAAUAACUGAUUCACAGAUUAUUAAUUUGUGCUCUGGUACAUUCACUAGUCCGGAUUACGGGUCGCAGAGUGUGAAUAAUGUUGACGAGUCUUCACAGGAUAUGUGUUUGCGGUUUGAUGAAAAUUCGCAGAAUGGUGUUGAGGUGGUUAAAAAAAAAGUCGAGGAGAUUUUGAAGGAAAAAGAGAAGGAGGAGGAGGAAAAAAAGGAGGAAAUUUUGAGGGUUCCGCUUAAAAUAGUUUCUUCGUCGGAAAAUGAAGAUAUUGAUGAGGUAGAAGGGGGUAAAGGGAAGAAGAAGGUGUUGAAGAAGAAGAAGAAAAUAAAUAAAUUAGUCUUGUCUGAUGAUGAGGAUGAAGAUAAUUUUACUGAUGAAGAACAAGUUGAUCAGAGUGACGAGGAAAAAUUUAUUGAUUAUGAUUCGGAAGAAAAUGAGGUUGUUGUUGUCCCAAAGCGAGAGAUAAAAAAAGUCGCGGCUAAUUUCCUGGAAGCUGAGGCUGAGCUGAGUGAGAGCGAGUGGGGAUCUGAGGAUGAGGAUGAAAAAGAUUUAGACAAAUUUGAAAUAGAAGAGGGUGAUGCUGAGGAUAUAGAUGAGAAUCUAAUGAAGGAUCAGUUGGGUAAAAUACACGCCAGGCAGCUUCUGGAUGACGAUCAGAGAGACGUUAGGAUGCUUCAGGAGUUACUUUUUGAGGACGGUGAUUUGCAUACUGAUGGCUCCGGGAGAGAAAGGAGGUUCAAGUGGAAAAAUAUUGACAAAAUUGGUGAUGACUUUUUGGAAGGUCCGAAGAAUGAUGAAGAUGAUGAUAAUCCUGCGGAUCCCAAUGAGUUGGCUAAUGAGAUUGAGUGGCGGAAGAUGAGGUUGGAGAGAGAAAAGUUUUUGGAGGAAAAAAUGAAGUCCACGGAUGAUUCGCUGGAAAAUGAGCUAGGGUUAGGGGGGCAGUUUUUUAAACUGGCUCUUGCAAAACUAGCGCAAGUUAUUAAACAAUCAGACAACGCUUUGACUUCAAAUCACUCUAAACAUUUUUUAUUCACGCAUUUGAGUCCUGCUGUUGAUGAUUCCAAAGGAAAAGUAGCUGAGACAGAGGCAGAAAAUCUCGAAAGUGAUGACAAAAAGGGACGGAAACGCAAAUCAGCUGCCGGCGACACGCCAAAGCUGGCAAAAAAGACUAAGCUCGAAAAUCCUAGUUCCAAGAAAAAACUAUUUUAA